AUGGCGCUCAACACCUCCCGCUCCGUCUGGUCGACCUCCAGACAAGCUCUGCGCCCCUUCAGACCUACCGUCGCUCGACCAGCGUGCCGCGCGAAUCACCAAAUAGCACGGCACCCGACUGCCCUACGAGAGAAAGAUGACCCUUUGAACGAGCCCAUAUCGGAGGCGGACAUAGAGGAGGCACGACCAAGGUGGUCAUAUACACCAGAGGGGCUGAAGGGAAUCCACGGCUUCUCCCUCAACGUUCCCAAGGUGCCGCACCGGUCCGUAUGGCAUGUCAACGAGGAUCCCGCCAAGCUAGACGAUUUCUACGAGCGGUUUCUUGGACGAAACGGCUCGAAACUGCUGCCAGAGGAGCUGAAGUGGUUGGCGGUCACGCACAAGAGUUUCGACUUCGGCCGAAGAGGAUUCAACACGAGAUUGGCCUUCUACGGACGACAAAUAAUUGUCCUCGAGGCCAUGAACGAGAUUAUGACCUCUCCACGGACGCCAGAUGACCACCUGGGUGACCCAUGGAAACGAAAGCACUACGAAUCCCCCGCCCUUCAGAACGUCGACAAGCUGAGCAUGACUCGACCUCAAGACAUUAUUUCAUUAUCAGGUCUGGCUUCUGUCGGACUGAACAACAGGCUCAACGAUGUCAUGCGUUGGAAGCCAAGGAAUCCCGACAACCUGAAAGGCUCAGGUAUAGAAACGGUACUCGCCACAUCUAUUUUUGCCAUCAUUGGCGCCGUAUCAUUGCAGCACGGUGCGGAGGCUGCGAGCAAACUCGCUCGAGAAAGAGUUAUCAGGAGGAUCAAGCAAUGA